AAUGGAUCGGAGCGAAAGCGGAAGCUUUAGUGUAGAAAGCUCAGUUGACUACAAGAAAGCAGUUAAAGAAGUCACUAAGUAUGGGUUCCCAUCUGUCUGCGGCAUGAUUCUGAGGAGGCUCGUUGAUGUCAUCAAUUAUCUGAUAAUUGGACAGCUAGGAAACCCUGAUUUUACAGCAGGAGCAGGAUUAGGAAUACUUACGAUGAACAUCACUACCUUUUCCAUAGGUGUAGGUCUCUCAGGAGGUGUAGAAACCUUAUCUUCUCAAGCAUUCGGGAGGAAAAAGAACUAUCUAGCAGGUUGAUACUACAAUAGAGCUCAGGUGAUUCUUACCGCUAUCUUUAUCCCUCAAGCAAUAGCGUUAUAUUAUUCAGAAGAUAUUCUUAUCUUUCUCAAGCAACCACCUGCUUCUUCUCAUUAUGCUGGGAUAUAUUCCUCAAUUAUGAUUCCAGGUCUUUGGAUGCUGUGCCAGACCGAACUGCUUCGUAGAUUUUUGACCACACAGGGUGUGCUUUACAUUGUAGUUAACUCCCAGAUCCUCUCAUGUAUUCUUCACCCUCUCUGGGUAUACUUCUUUGUGUAUUACUUUGAUUACAGCCUAGAAGGAGUGGCUUAUGCUACUAAUAUGACUUAUUUGAUAAAUUUUAUUAUACCGAUUCUGUAUAUAACCAAGAAUAAGGAUUUGUUAAAGAAAGAUAGCUGGCAUUGAAUCAAUAAAGAUUCGUUCUCAGGUUUACUUGAGUAUCUAGAAAUUGGAGUUCCUUCAAUGAUCAUGACUGCACUAGAAGUCUGGGGCUUCGAAGUCAUCUGCUUAAUGGCAGGCUUACUUGGAUCAGCUCAGUUAGGUGCAAGUGUAGUCCUGUUUAAUAUAGAUGCAUUCUUGUUCAUGAUUCCAUUCGGAUUUUCAUUAUCAUUCUCAAGCCUGGUCGGCAACUCAUUAGGAGCAAGGAAACACGAGAGAGCCAGCAUUUACAUAAAUCUCUCUGUGAUAUUUGCAAUAGGGCUUUCUGCUAUUGUUUGCUUUAUUUAUUGGGAGUUCAAAACCCAGAUAGCUUACAUGUUCACUAGUGAUAAAGAGCUAGCAGAUUUGAUGAUAUCUAUCUUUCCAAUUCUAAUGCUCUACGAAUGUGGAAACUAUAUUCAGUGAAUCACAACAGGGAUUAUCAAAGCAAUGGGAUACCAGAAGUAUGCAACUAUUGUCUGUCUUCUAAGUUUCUGGAUUGUGUCCUUUCCAGUAGGCUACCUGCUGGCAUUUGUAUGGGGUUAUGGACUUCAAGGGAUCUUCUUUGGACUUCCAUGCGGAAUCACAGUUCACGCUGCGAUAUUCUUACUUAUUAUAUACCUGACCGAUCUUGAGGAGUUAUCAAAAAAUAUUGUAAGGAAAAUAGAAUCACAUGCUAGAGGUGUCAAAAAUUACAACGAAUUUAAUGAAUUUAGUGCAAGUUGGGAAGAUUCUGAAAAGGCUCUAUCUGAAAAAUCUUAGUUGGCUCAA